AUGGGACUGAUAAGAUCCUACCUCUCCAACUUCCGCAGGGACGAUCCACGUCUCCUUCGGAUUCCUCCCUACCUCUCUGCCCUCUGCAUUCUUGGAGGCAUCAUAUGGAUCCUGCUUCUACCCCUAAACGAAUACUCAAGACGAACAUACAUCUCGGAGAACGCCCUCCUGCCCGGCCAGGUCCACACGUACUUUGGGGGAAGUGAACAGAAUGUCUUUCGAGCUUACAGGCACGAGCUGGCCACUGUCCUGGACAGUUCCGCCGCGGAGAGUUAUCGAAGUUUGACAAGAGAAGAACAACGUGUAGCGGAAGCCGAGACAAGCUCCAAAAUACAAGAGCUGUUCCGGAACGCAGGCCUGAAAACCGCAAAGCAACGCUACUCCUACACUUCAUCUGGUCAGACUUACGAGGGUGAGAAUGUGUAUGCGGUCCUCCAUGCACCCCGGGGAGAUGGCACGGAAGCGAUUGUGGUAGUUGCUGCUCUGAAGAAUAUUGACGGUGCUUUCAACAUCAAUGGAGUCCCUCUUCUGAUCUCUCUGUCAAGAUAUUUCAAAAGAUGGUCACUUUGGUCGAAGGACAUCAUCUUCUUAGUGACCCCGGACAGUUCGGCAGGCCCGCAGGCAUGGAUUGAAGCGUAUCACUCCACGCAUGACCCAGAGAAGGUGCAAGAUCUGUCGUUGAAGUCUGGCGCUCUCCAGGGAGCUGUCUGUAUCGACUACCCAUUCGAACAUCGCUUCGAGACAUUUCACAUCGCUUACGACGGAAUCAAUGGGGCGCUGCCUAAUCUUGACCUGUUCAACACUGCUGUGACUAUCGCUACAGGCCAAAUGGGUAUCGGAACCUCAAUACAAUUUCAGCACACAUACACCAAGCCGGACGAACAGAGCGAAUACCCGUCUCGACUCCAAACACUGGUCCGCGGAAUGUCUUCUCAGGCGCUCGGUCAAGCUACAGGACCUCAUUCUGGUUUUAUGACCUACCAUAUUGACGCCAUCACUUUGACAGCCAUUGGCCAAGGCUGGCAAGAUGAAAUGGCGUUUGGCAGAACGGUCGAAAGUAUCUGCAGAAGUCUCAACAAUCUGUUGGAAAAGCUCCAUCAGAGUUUCUUCUUCUAUCUGUUGAUGCAGUCUAAUCGGUUCGUGAGCAUCGGUACCUACCUGCCGAGUGCGAUGACGAUUGGAGCGGCGUACACAAUCAUGGCAAUUUACCUCUGGGUUCUGAGUGGCUAUCAACUAGUUCAGAAACCAACGGAGGUCAUCAACGAAAAGUCGAGCAUUUCAUCACCUAGCGCCACGCCCACCAAGGAGACAAGGCUGAGGCUCGAAUUCGUUCCACAAGACAGACAUCUUGUCCUUCCUAUUGCGUUGGUGGCAGCUGUGUAUCUGGCAUCGUUAGUGCCUCUAUACCUGCUCACCUCACUCAGCCUAAGCGCUUUCCCAUCAACCUUCCUCCUUUUGACAAUCCUCCUUGUCGUCCUUCCCGUCAUUCUGGCAUCGGCGCUGUCAGACACACAUAACAAUACAACCUUACCUUCCUUCUCCGCUCCGUCGCGAGAGCAAUACGUCCUGAUAAAGUCGCUAAAUCUGCUGUUGCUCGGUCUGUUCCUCACAGUCCUGGCUACCUUGAACUUCAGUCUCAGCAUGUCUCUCGGUAUUGCAUGCAUACCGUUGGCGUUUGUGGACAGGAGCCAGUCGGGUGGCGUUGCUCUGCUCCAAUAUCUGCUCCUGGCUGUCAUGAGCCCGAUGGGCCUCGCAGCUGGAUUGGUUGCAAACGGGUGGUUGUCGCUUGGAAAGGGGGAUGUUCUACUCGAAUGGCUACAAAAGCUUGCCUUUGGGUGGAACGUCUGGGGAAGCUGGGGCGUGCCUGUCGGUAUUCUGUGUAUCUGGUUGCCGUCGUGGGUUCUCAGCUCGACGCUGGUCGCGAGUUCAUGGUUUCAGACUGGUGAAGGCGAAAAGCCUAGUUUAACCUCAGAGUCGAAACCGGAGCGAACUUGA